GCCUUAACUUUGGUUUCAGUGGAAGGAAUAACAUCUCAGCAUUUGUAUCAGUGGGAGGAAUUAUACCCUGUCAUUGGUAUUAGUAAAAGGGACAAUGCCCCAUGCUUGGUGUCAGUGGGAGGAAUAGUGCCCCCACACUUGGCGUCAGUGGGAGGAACAGUGCCCCAUCAUUGGUGUCAGUGGAAGGAAUAGCGCCCCAUCAUUGGUGUCAGUGGGAGGAAUAGUGCCCCACGCUUGGUGUCAGUGGGAGGAAUAGUGCACUUCAUUGGUGUCAGUGGGAGGAAUAGUGCCCCAUUGUUGGUGCCAGGUAAGGAAUAGUGCCCCUCAUUGGUAUCAGUGGUAGAAAUAGUGUUCCAUCAUUGGUGUCAGUGGGAGGAAUAGUGCCCCAUCAUUGGUGUCAGUGGAGGGAAUAG